UUGGCACGGCUUGGGGCGGGGCGGGGCGGGGCGGGAUCUCUAAGCGUCAGUCCGCGUCCCCGCGCUUGACUCAGGUCCUUGGUCAGUGCGGCGUCUCUUGGCAGACUCUCUGUCUCUGGGCCCCCGUGUCUCUGUCUCUAGGGGCCCCCUCCCCCCGUCUCUGCCCCUCCCCCAUCUCUGAGUCUACCUCUGUCUCUGAACUCCCGCCCCGUCCCCCGUCUCUCUGUCUCCGGGCUCCCUGUCUUCUGUCUCUCAGCCCUACAUCUCUGAGUCUCUCUCUGCACCCCCUGUCUCUGCCCCUCAAAUCCCAGUCUCUCUGUCCCUGCUUCCCCACCCCUGAAUCUCCCUAUAUGCCUCUGAACCCCCCUCUGUUUCUGGGCUCCCAUCUCUGCACCCCAAAUCUAAGUCUAUCUGAACCCUCUUCUGUCUCUGGGCUCCCCUGUCUGCACCCCAGAUCUGAGUCUCUGUGUCCCUGCCUCCCCAUCCCUGAGUCUACCUGUCUCUGAACCCUCCGUCACUCUGUCUCUGGGCUCCCUUCUCUGCACCCCAAAUCUAAGUCUCUCUGUGUCUCUGAACCCCUCUCCAUCUGUCUCUGGGUUCCCCUGUGUCUACACUCCCUGUCUCUGCCUCCCAUCUCUGCAUCUCUGAGCCCCCCAUCUCUGAGUCUCAGUCCCUGGCCCGCCAUUUCUAUCUUUCUCUGAAAUCCCCCACCUCGGCAUCUCUGCCUCGACGUCCCCUCGAGCCCCUGAGUGUGGCUCGUGUGUCUCUCCCGUGUGUGCGCAGGACCCUGGAUGUCGGGGAGCCCGGGGCCUCCGGGACCCCCGGAGGAGGGGGGCGCGCCGCCCCCCGGGGCCGAGCCCCCCGUGCCCGUGUAUCACGAGCGGCAGCGCCUGGAGCUGUGCGCGGUGCACGCACUCAACAACGUUCUGCAGCAGCGGCUCUUUAGCCAGGAGGCGGCCGAUGAGAUCUGCAAGAGGUUGGCCCCCGGUUCCCGCCUGAACCCUCAUCGAAGCCUCCUGGGCACGGGGAACUACGACGUGAACGUCAUCAUGGCUGCCCUUCAGGGCCUGGGGCUGGCUUCCGUGUGGUGGGAUCGGCGGCGGCCCUUGGCCCAGCUGGCCUUGCCCCAGGUCCUAGGCUUCAUCCUGAACCUGCCCUCCCCUGUCUCCCUGGGCCUACUGUCCCUUCCCCUGCAGCGACGUCACUGGGUGGCCCUACGCCAGGUGGGCAAUGUUUACUACAACUUGGACUCGAAGCUUCGGGAGCCCAUGGCCCUGGGGGGCGAGGCCGAGCUCAGGGACUUCCUCUCAGCUGCCCUGGCCGAGGGUCCGUGUGAGGUGCUCCUGGUGGUAACCAAAGAGGUGGAAGCAGCGGGCAGCUGGCUGCAGCCGGCCUGAGCGCCCCUUCCCCUGACAGCAGGUCCUGAGGGACUCCCACAGCCUAGGCCCCCUGCCCAGAGGCGACUACCUCUCCCUGUCACAUUGCUGCUGUCCCCUCCCUACAUUUCCUGCCUCUCCUAGCAGCCCCAGUCCCGGGGUGUCUGCCUUCCCCGUAUCUCUGCCCUCCCUGCCCUAGCUUCUGUCUGUCCGGCUUUCAGUGUCUCUGGAGAGUGUCAGGGGUGCCUGUUGAAGGCCUCCCGGGGGGGGGGGAAGGACAAAUGAGGAAGGGGCUGCAGGGGAGCCGGGAAUGCUCCUCAGCUGCUGCCCCCGCAGCCACUUCCUUAAUAAACCUGGCAGCAGGCUGGAGCUCCUGGGGCCAGGCUGCACCUGGGAGCCUUAUCUCCCCCCACUCCCCUCCAGGCUCCAAGUGCUUCAGCUAGAUUAGUGCCUCUCCUGUGUCCCCAGCCCAGCCCUCCCCUCUGCUCGCUGCCCUCUGCUCCCCUCCUCCCUUCCUCAGCAGUCAGGUUCCAUUGAUCCAGCAGCUACAUCCCCAGCCCUGUGCUGGGUACCAAGGGCCUGUAUGCAGGGCUCACAGCCUGGGGCCUCCACGUGGGAAGCAGUCGCCCCAGGGCCUGUGUGGGCAGCCUCCUGCCAUGUACUGGGCAGGGAGGCAGCCAGCUUCUGCUCAGAUCUGAGGCGCAGGGGCCACAGGGCUGGACUUCCUAGGGCCCUGUGGGGGCUGUGUGCCCCCGGCAAGUUAUUUCACCUGGAGACUGACUUUCCUCAUCUGUAAAAUGGGGAUAAACUUAGCCCCCACCUCACAGGGCUGGUGAGAGCUAACGGAUGCCAGUGCUUGGCCAGCCUUUGAAGUCCACCAUUAUGGUAUUGAUUACAACUGCACCCACAUUCUGUGUCUCUGACAAGCGCAUUAAAAAACCGUUCAAGUGCUAUUGGA